UCACAGCCUUAUCGGAUAUAAACCUUAUAUCUGCAAAAUGCGCCGUAUAUACAGAUGUGGUCUGACAAUUCUUGUAUUAAUCGGAGUGGUGAACACAGACGGUUCUUGUCCAUCAGAUUGGUUUCCUCACAGACAGUCAUGCUAUGCGUUCAUCACAAAAGUGAAAGCAAAAUGGGUGGAUGCUGUGGACUUUUGUCGCGAUUCAGAUGCAGAACUCGUAGAGAUUGAAACGGCAGAUGAAAACAGCUUCUUGAGAACUCAUCUCCAGCGGAAUCACACAAAUGAGCACUUUUGGGUAGGUGGGACGGACGCUUUUACGGAGGGACACUGGAUUUGGAUAAAUACACGACAACCGUUUACAUUCACAGACUGGGCACCCCUGGAACCAUACCAGGGGGUCGGCAAUGACUGUAUGACCUUGGCAUACCACGAGGGUUAUCACUGGAACGAUGAUGUUUGUGAUCACAAAUACGACUUUAUCUGUGAAAAAGAGGCACUGUUUGACGGAGAGAUUGUCGUUGGUUAACACAAAUGAGAUAAACUUGUAUAGGUAUAUUGUAUCUUUCAAACUAUUUGGUCAUUUUCACAAAUAAAACAAUUGGAGGUGCA